ACAUAAAUCAUUGCAUAUUUCAUAUACCAAUAAUAAUAAUAAAGUCCAAUAACCCUUCCUUCAAUCAUAAUGUUGCAACCUUUCACACCCUUCUUUUCCUUUCUUCAUAGAAAAUCCAAAUCACUCCUCAACCUCCCAAAACCCGCACCGAGUAGUAGUUGCUGUUCAUGCUGGUGCUGGAGAAGACGGCGACCCAGAAGAAAAUUCUCACCAAGUUUUGAUUUUGAUGAAUUCUCAGCGUCUUUCAUAGACAUGAAUCUGUCAAGGCAGUUCCAACAAGUGUUCAAGCUCAUUGAUUCCAAUGGUGAUGGAAAAAUCUCAACCACUGAGCUCAGUGAAACUCUUCUAUGUCUUGGAUACAACAAGUGCAUGGCUAAAAAAGAAGCUGAGAGAAUGGUGAGAGCUUUGGACUUUAAUGGAGAUGGGUUUGUUGACUUUGAUGAAUUCAUGGUUGUGAUGAGAGAAGGAAUAGCAACAACAGAAGAAGAAGAAGAAGGUGGCAAGAACAAUAACAAUAAUAAUAUUGAUCAAGAUGAGUAUCUUAUGGAUGCUUUUCAUGUGUUUGAUUCUGAUAAGAAUGGACUAAUCUCUGCUAAGGAAUUGAGGAGAGUUUUGGUUAAUCUUGGGUGUGAUCGUUGCAGCAUCAGAGAGUGUAAGCGUAUGAUCAAAAGUGUUGACAAGAAUGGUGAUGGGUUUGUUGAUUUUGAUGAAUUUAGAUCCAUGAUGAAAAAGGGACUUUCCAAAUCCAAACAAAAUUAGAACAAAA